AUGAGAAAAGUCAAAGAAACAAUAAAGACUAACUUCAGUUGUAUUAAAAAGAAUUAUGAACUUAUAUGGGAAAUUAUUGAUGGAAGGUGGGAAAGCCAACUGCAUAGGCCAUUGCAUGCUACUGCGUAUUAUCUUAAUCCUUAUUAUCAUUAUGAACCAAAUUUCGUGGUUGAUGAUGCUGGCAUUAAGAUUGGUCUAUAUAAUUGUUUGAAAAAAUUGGUUCCUAUCCAAGAAGAAAGAAAAAAGAUUGGUCUACAACUUCCUGAUUUUUAUUAUGCUAGAGGCCUCUUUAGCAAUAAAACUGCAAAGAGUAGUAGGAAGACUAUGCUACCUGCUGAGUGGUGGGAAUUUUAUAGAGAUAGUUAUCCAGAACUAAAGAAGUUUUCUAUUCGAGUUCGUACAAAGAGAAGAAAUCGGUUGCACCAAAAGAAAAUGAAUGAUUUAGUGUAUGUGAUGUAUAAUUUGAAGUUAAAGGGCAAGCAAAUUAGAAAAUUUUCGGAACUUGAAUUUGAUGCAGUGCAUUCUGAUGAUGAGUGGAUAACUGAAGAUGUUAAUGAGAAUCUUGCUGAAAGUGUUGAGCAUUCUCACUUGCCAAUGAAUGACAAUACUAAUGUUGAUCUAAAUAGUAAUGAAUUUGCUAUGCCAAGUAUGAAUAGUAAUAAAUUUAACAUGGGUGACGGAGGUAAGAAUGAGGUUAUUGGGGAUCCACAACAAAAUUUAGUGGAGGAAGAAGAUGAACAUGUGAAUGAUGAUGAAUUUAUUGGCCGUGUCAAACCUGAACUGGAAAGAAACGAUGUUUCUGAUGAAGAUGGUGAAGAUGAUGAUGUUGAUGCCAUGUCCUCCGCCGCUGCUGGAAGAGGUUCUGCUCCUGCCAAUGAAAGCCGCCGCUACCUCACUCCAAUUCUAAGAAUCGAAGAGCAGUGUACCCUGCAACCAAAUCUCCAUCUUCUUGUCUUCAAGCCAACGACAAGCCGAGAAUACCGUGAAACCACCGCCAACAAGAGGACUGCAACGCCGUUCGAUUUCUGA